UGCCACGUGCGCGUGUUCCAAAACGUGUGCGAAUUUUUUUUUAUUUUUUUGGAAGUUGGAAGUUUAGGAUUUUUUCUGAAAACCAGAAUUAUGUACCUGUCCGGACUGUUGCUGCUGCUGCACUUAAGGACGUCGUUCACGGAAACGUUCACGAUGGGCUACCUGACCGGAUCGCAGCGACGUGCUGGAGACCUCGAAUACCCGAGGCCCGGCCUCCAAAUCUCCGGAGCCAUUUCCCUUGCAGUCGAAGAAGUGAAUAACGGUCCGUUGGGCAGGAUGGGUCAUCGUCUGGAUUUCAUCGUGGCCGAAACGUACGGCGAGGAAAUAAUCAGCGUGCAACGAACCGCCGACCUGUGGACGAAGAACGUUUCGGUCUAUAUUGGGCCGCAGGAGACCUGCGAGCACGAGGCUUUCAUGGCUGCAGCUUUCAACGUACCGAUGAUUUCCUAUUUUUGCACACACUACGCCACAUCGGACAAAUCGAAGUUUCCCACGUUCGCCAGGACCCGACCGCCCGACACCCAGAUCUCCAAAUCGGUGGCGUCUGUGCUCGUCGCCUUCAACUGGACACACGUGGUACUUCUGUAUCUAAAGUCACCGGAUUUUGAGUUCGGCAACAUAGCAAAGAUCAUCCUCCAAUCGCUGGCGUCGGCGGGUGUGACCGUGAUAGCAACGAAAUACUGGGACACCCCGUACCAUCACGGCUACAUGGAGAACCCCUUUCACAAACUGGUGGAGGAAACCUACAGAGAUUGCAGAAUUUUCGUUAUUUUGGGUCACCACUACGAGCACUUAGGUCUUAUGGUCGCCAUGGAGGAGAAGAAGCUCUUCGAUAAAGGCGAGUAUUUCGUCGUGGGAGUGGAAAUCGAACAGUACGAUAACGAAAACCCCAAGAAAUACCUGCAUGCACUUUUGCGGGACGACGUCGACCCCGUGGCCGAGAGGGCGUACAGAAACUAUCUGGGCGUCGUGCCCUCGAGCCCGGUCGGCUUCGAGAACUUCACGCAUCUGGUGAACUCGUACAUGGAACGGCCGCCGUUCAACUUUCCCAAUCCGCUGAUCUACUUCGGGGGCGAGAAAAGAAUUAAAGCGGAGGCGGCCUAUCUGUACGACGCGGUGCAUCUGUACGCGAAGGCUUUGAUCGCCGUUCUCGAGGCGGGCGGAAACGUCAGGAACGGAACGGAGAUCAUAGACUGCAUGAAGGAGACCCAGUACAAAAGUGCGAUGGGUUACAUCGUUUACAUGGACGAGAACGGCGACGCCGAAGGCAAUUACACAUUGGUGGCGAGGAAACGAACAGAAGACGGAGACAAGGAUGAGGAGGGUAGUUACGGAUUGUUCCCCGUCGGGGUGUUUGCGCUAAGAAGGACACAGUCCAGAUUACCGGUGCUGUACAUGACCGACGAAAUAGACUGGGUAACAGGGAAACCGCCGAUCGCAGUGCCCCAAUGCGGAUUCCGCGGCGAGAAAUGCAUAACACACACAAUGGAAAUUACGACGGGCGUAACCGGCGGGAUUUGUCUCAUAAUUCUGAUCAUAUCGCUCGUCCUCUACCGGAACUGGAAGUACGAACAGGAGCUGGACAGUCUUUUGUGGAAAGUGGACUUCAAGGACAUACAGAUAAACGAGGAGACGAACGUGAACGCAGCAGGAACGAAAAUCACCAGAUCCAUCCAUCCUUUGAUAAGGACGAGCCAAGUGUCCUUAAGUUCGAAUCCAGACGCCGAUUUCCGAUACUCGACGAUAUUCACCCAAAUCGGGAUUUACAAGGGACGUGUUUUCGCAAUAAAGAAAGUCAACAAGAAAUCCAUCGAUAUUACCAGGGAGAUGAAGAAGGAACUUAAAAUGAUGAGAGACUUGAGACACGACAAUCUGAACGCUUUUAUCGGCGCUUGCACGGACCCUCCAAAUAUUUGUAUUGUGACGGAAUAUUGUACCAGAGGAAGCUUAAAAGACAUCCUGGAGAACGACGAUGUAAAGCUGGACAACAUGUUUAUUGCUUCUUUAGUAGGCGACAUUUUACGGGGAAUGAUUUACCUGCAUGAUUCACCGGUGCGAUUCCACGGCGCCUUGAACACCUCCAACUGUCUGGUGGACUCGCGCUGGGUGGUGAAAGUGGCCGACUUCGGGCUGAGGGAGUUCAAGAGGGGAGCCGAAGAUUUAUCCCUCAAAGAGUCCAGUAAAAUACGUGAAAAAUGCUACAAGUUACUGUACAGAGCGCCCGAACUGUUGCGAUGUCCCGAUACGUUCUCGUCCUGCGGCAAGGAUUCGAGCUGGAGCGGCAGCCAGAAAGGGGACGUCUAUUCAUUCGGCAUCAUUUUAUACGAACUUCACAGCCGGCACGGACCGUUCGGUGAUCUGGAUCUGAACGCCGCCGAGAUCCUCAAUCGCGUUAUCAACUGCAGCAAUCCAUUAGCGCCUUUCAGACCGCCUUUAACGGCUCUGGAAACGAGCUUCGACUUUGUCAGGGAUUGUCUGAAGGAGUGCUGGAUGGAAAAUCCGGAUGAACGUCCGGAUUUUAAAAGUAUACGGACCAAGUUGCGUCCGCUACGGAAAGGAAUGAAACCCAACAUUUUCGAUAACAUGAUGGCGAUGAUGGAGAAGUAUGCUAACAAUUUGGAAGUUCUAGUGGACGAACGAACCGAUCAAUUACAGGAAGAAAAAAAGAAAACAGAGGCCUUGCUGUACGAGAUGUUACCCCGACCUGUCGCCGAACAGCUGAAACGGGGCAAUAAAGUGGAAGCCGAAAGUUUUGAUUGUGUUACGAUCUAUUUCAGUGACAUAGUCGGCUUCACUGCCAUGUCAGCUGAAAGCACCCCUUUACAGGUUGUAGACUUUUUAAACGACUUGUACACAUGUUUCGACUCGAUAAUCGAACACUACGACGUAUACAAAGUGGAGACAAUAGGGGACGCAUACAUGGUUGUGAGUGGGCUACCAAUUAAAAACGGCCAUCAGCAUGCAGCCGAAAUUGCCACCAUGUCCUUGCAUUUACUUGCCGAGGUGAAGAACUUCGCCAUCAGACACAGGCCCAACGAGAAACUAAAGCUCAGAAUAGGCAUCCAUUCAGGUCCAGUUUGUGCUGGAGUGGUCGGUUUAAAAAUGCCCAGAUAUUGCCUCUUUGGUGACACCGUCAACACAGCAAGUCGAAUGGAAUCGACGGGAGUUCCCCUUAAAAUCCACUGUAGCAAAGCGUGCCAGGAGCUCUUAGUAAAGAUAGGCGGUUAUCACUUGAUCGAACGUGGUUUGGUGCCAAUGAAAGGUAAAGGAGACCAAAAAACCUACUGGUUGGUGGGUGAGGAUCCCCAAUACAAAAAGAUGAGGAAAGAAGAGCGUGAAAGCAGAAGGGCUCUUUUAGACGGCAGGAAAACAACUCAACUGGACAGCAACGGCCACUACAUCAUAACCAGAAGCUCGCUGAAGAACAAGAACAGCAUAGUCAAGAGUCCCAUACCCCGUUGCUCCUCCUUCGAAAGCCCCAAGAGGCUGAGGUUCGCCAGCGGCGACAAUUUGGAGAAAAAGAACGACGUCAAGCAUCUAGACGUGAUCUCCGAUCAAAGUCCCUGCAAGAAAUCGGCCUGUUCCCUCGUCGAAAACUCCCUGAACGACUGCAGCGAACAACUGAGGACGUCCUCCACGUCCUGUCCUUGCAUAGAGAACCUGGCCAAUUCCGCAGCCACCUUGGCGCAUUCGCAACUCUCGGUGUUGUGCAAGGACGAAAAGUCCCACAAACUGUCCAAGCCCUCCUGUUACAGCGUACCCAUGUUGUGCUCUCAGCUAUCUCUGCCCCAUUUCCCGCUAAUUCACACCCUGUCAGCGCCCGCAAGUCCGCGAAAACAAGACCUGUUGCUCUCCAAAUAUCCGGAAUGCGACGAAGUUAUACCGUGGGCGGAUUCGGCGCCGCUGUUGAAGAUCACCAAACCCACGGAUUCGGAGACGUGCGUUUGAGUUGGUGAACGUGAUCCAACGGUCUAGUCAAAUUUAUUUAUUAAUUAAGCUCAAACAAAUCACAAAAUAAUUGUGCGAAUGGCGUUCAGCUCAUCGUAAUUAAAUGUUUAAUCAUAAGGAUAAGGUUUCGAUAUUGUACAGGUUGGACUGUUUCGGAUGGAGAAAAGCAGAGAAAACUGGUAAUUUUUGAAACUGGCUGUGAGUGAAGUGCAUUUGGAUUAUAUACAUUAUUUUUUGUUUAUAGCCUAAUUUACUAUUUUAUUUAAAUUGAAAACCAAUCUGUACAUAAUCGAAAUGCUUAAAGGGAACUUUUUUCUUAUCUGUGUGUUACAUAAUGAUUGUACUUACUGUUAUAAUAAAACUUCUACUUCCAGAAGUUUCCUGUAAAGUAAACUUUAGAUAUACAUGCUCUAUCGAUUUUAUUUGAGUUUACAAAAUAUGCUGGAACAGGUUUCUUUAUGGUAUAAAAAGUUCUAUUAUGAAGUAGCUUCUUUUAUCUUACUUUUGAAAAGGAAAGACUUCUAAGAUAAUCGAAAAUUCUUUUUAAGUAGUAAAGUUAUGAAUAUUUACCUUUGUGAACAACUAUACGUACGACUAAAGACAAUACUAAGUAACAAAAUACAGACUUAAAGUUUAUAGCGGUUAUUUCCUAUUUUGUGGAUUGUUUGAAUAUUCUUAUUUGGAAGGCUCGUGUAUAAACAUAUACCGCACUACUUUAUACGACUAUUUAUAAAUGUAUAUCGUAUAUUACCUAUUAAAUGUUUCACUCGAAAUAUUGUUUCUUUUCUAUUUAUUAAAUGGUAGAAUAUAAUCGAAGCUGAUCACCGUCUUGGUAUUUAAUGUGUCUUUUCAACUGGGUCGUAGUUCACCAGUUUACGUAAAAGUUUAUUAUAAUGCACUGCAGCAAUUUCUAUUGUCAUCCUGUUUGUUUUAAUGAAUCCAUAAGAUCUCAUACUUCAGUAAAGCUAAGCAUUUUCAGUAAAACAAGGAGCAGCCACCCUGACAUUUGAUCCAUAUAUCAAUUGUUGUAAUUGAUGGAUGGAUAGCAGCAAAUCAGUGUAUCUUACGAAAGUUGAGCUUUGGCAAUCUUACUAAUUAUUGCAAUUAUUAUUAAAUAAAAGUGGAUGGUUAUCUUGGUGUUUGUUCUUGCUUUCUUCACUUGCCAGUAACAAUUGGCUCCUCUAUCCAUUAGUAAUCCAAGAUAUUUGAAUCGAUUACUCUAUUCAAUAUAUUUAUCACUUAUUGUACUCAUUUUGUACAUAUGCUGGUACCAAAUGAUUCUUCUAUCGAUGACAACUAUAUAUUUGGUUCUAUUGCUCCAUUUUCUAUAUCUACUAUUUGUAUUCUCCGAUGAACCAUCA